CGUCGGAGCUCCGAUUUCUACGUUUCUUCAAUUCACAGAUUCUCUCUCUCUCUCUCUCUCUCUCUCUCUCUCACACGUUUAGCUUCUCAUCGGAGCUCCGAAAAAACCACCACAGUCACCACCAGCACUGAGCGCCACCAUGGAAGGUGGCGGAGCAACGCUAUCGGAUGUUUACCAAAGCGCGAAGAAGCUCCUCCUGAAGACGCGGGACGGCGUGGAACGCCUCGAGCGCCUCGACUACUCCGCCUCCUCCGAUCUCUCCCUCUCCCUCUCCAACGACAUCUCUCAGAUCCAAUCCCUAUGCGUCCAGAUGGAUCGAUUCUGGCGCUCCAUCGCCGCCAAAUCUCAACGCGAUCUCUGGAAAAGAAAAGUGGAACAGAUAGCUGAAGAGGCUGACUCUCUGAAACAGUCUUUAGAUAAAUAUAACAUAAAAAAUCAGAAACGGAUCACAGAAGCUAAAGAGAGAGCAGAGCUUCUGGGACGAGCACAGAAUGGGGAUUCCAGCCAUGUUUUGAGGAUCUUUGACGAGGAGGCACAAGCUAUGCAAUCGGUUCGAAACUCAAGGCUUGAGCUGCAGAAUUCUACUGCACUUGGGGAAACCAUCCUUUCAUCAAUACAUGGGCAAAGGGAACGCUUGAAGAGUGCUCAUAGGAAAGCAUUGGAUGUGCUGAACACAGUGGGGGUGUCAAAUUCUGUUUUGAGGCUAAUUGAGAGACGUAACCGUGUUGAUCAAUGGAUCAAAUAUGCAGGCAUGCUUUUAACUGUCAUUUUCUUGUUUGCUUUUGUUAUAUGGAGACGUUAGACGGGACCAUCUUUCAAGAGUUCGUAUGUUCCUUUGUGAAAAGUAUAUGCAAAUAGAUUUGUCCAGAAAAAAUGUUUUGUACCCUUGAAUAACUAAAGUUGCUUAAAAUUCGCUUGUAUUCUUUACACCUGAUAUUUGAGCUACAUAGAAUCUAAGCCUAUAUAGUUUUGUUCUUAUUAACC